ACCAGUUAAUGCAGUUCGCUCCAGGUUGACACAUAAUGUCGUUAAAUACAGAAAAGCGCAACGCGCCCGGUCUUCAAACCUGACGUUUGAAAGGCUUUUGUAUCAUUUUCAAUCAUAACAGGAGCUGUAGUUUAGUUCAGUCACUGAAAUCUGUCAUGUCGGCGCAAAGAGGAAACCAAGAGCAGAAAGAAACAAACACAGAGCCAGGCGGAGACACCGCGGAGGAGGACGGCGGGGAGCCGGGAGGAGAGGAGGUGAGGUCCGGCAGCUCGGCUUCAGUCAAGGUGGUGCUGGUGCCGGAGGGCCACGUGAUGACGGUGGCGUUUGCUAUCGAGCUCAGCAUUCACGAGCUGAAGCGUCACCUCGCCUCAGAGCUCCGAGUCCCAGCAGACGUGCUUCAGAUCUCUCUGGACGGCAGAGCGGUGGAGGAACACAAGAGUCUGAUGGAGCUCGGCGUCAGGCCUCACAGCUCCACCCGGAUGGAAAUGAGCUCCACUGACCCAAGCUUCCACCCACUCCGCCCUGUUCGCCCCCUAGAGCACGACAGCAUGCCCGAUGUUAUCACCGUCCAAGUUGAAGCAGAUGGGGGGGUGCUUCAGGAGGUGGUGGUGGAGAUUGAGCGCCCACGCCAUCAGAAAGCCUUCCUCGGUGGCUACAGGCAUCGGCUGACGGGGCUGGAGUACCAUCACGCCGCAGUCCAGACGCUGCCCAAGAGGAGACCCGAUAGAGGAGUGGCGGUCUUCAGCCGCGACACACAGACAGUAGAGCUGAAGUCUCAGGCUCAGCAGUGUCCAGUCAGUGCCUCCACCCAGAUGACUGGCAUCGGCUGCUACGUCUCCUGCAUGAACGACAGGUUGGUGACUCCAGGGACCUACACCACUGCUGAUGAGCACCACGACCGGAGGCUGAGAGCUGUGAUCCGUCUGCAGACGUUUGCUCGGCGCUGGUUGGCCCAGCAGGCGGUGGACCACCUGCGGAAGGAGCGAGCCCGGCGGUUGGCCUGGCUGGAGAUGCAGGAAAGGAGGAGGAACGAGGAGAAAGAGGAGCAGCUGAGAGACCGCCGAAACCGCUGGCUGAAUCCGAAGAGGCAGGAGGACUUCAACCUGCUGUACCAAGCUCUGGAGAAGUGGAGGAACGAGGAGGAGCAGAGGAUCAGCUCGUCCCUGCGAGGAGCUGAGAGGAAAGCAGCUCUCUGCGCGCUGCUGGACCAGGAGAUGGAUCUCAUUGCUGCUAUCGGACGCCAUCACAUCGCCGUUCACAGCGACAACUACGACAAAGCUGUCAGGAACUUCCUGGACAAGUCUGCGUCUCCUCAUCAAAGGCGAGCAGCGGACGGUCGUCUGAUUGAGAUUGAAACUCAGAACACCAUCAGAGCCCGAGAGCUGCGAGAUCUGUACAACAGCAUCAGCCUGACCACCGUCAGCCAGGAGCAGAGGCUCCACUUCCUCAUGACACUGAAACACACUGUCAAGGAGCAGGAGUGUGCGCUGACCCGGGACAUCGUGGAUUUGGUUGACAGGGAGGUAGACCUGAUGACUCGAGGGGUCAAAUCAGCCAAGUUGGAGGGCCUGAGGAAGAGGAUCUGUACUCUGUUACUUCAGUACAUCAAAACUCCAGCUUUCAACCCUGAGGUGGCCAAGCUGCUGAAGGUUCCCCAGAAUCCUUCCCAGCUGAAGAAUGACAUGAUACUCUGCCAAUACUGUCAUCGUUACCUGCGCCUCACGGACUUCAUUAUGUCGGCCAGCGGCAGUCCGAAUCGCCAGUGCCGCCAGUGCGCCAGACUCAACAACAUAGCCAGAUCUCGCCAUGACUUCACCUUUUACAAAAGCAUCCUGAUGAGGCUGAGAGCCGACGAGCAGAGGCUCAACGCAGAAGCUAAGAUCCCCUUCCUGCUGAAGGUGCAAGACAUGCAGUACUUGGUGGAAGCAGUGUGGGCGUCCCGGUCGGCCCUCAGCGCCAACAUCGAUCUCUACAACCUGGCGUUUGUUCGGUGGGAUCGUCAGAAGGACUGGAGCCCCUGGAACUGCAUUCUGCUGUCCAAAGAAGAGACCUCAGCUCACUUAGAGGUGGAGGACGUCCACACGACAUACGACACAACGUUAAUCCACGAGAUCGAACGCAAACACACACAAGCUCGACGCCACUUCAGCCAGGUUCCCGUUAUGUCCGAGCAGCUGGAUACUCACCCUGCUGCUGUCCUUGGCAACCAACUUGUCUCCAAGCCCAUUACCAUGGCAAUAAUCAAGCAUACCAGAGACACUCAGACCUCAGAUCAUUAACACUCUGUGCAGUUUUAUUUCUUCUGCCUCAUAUUUCUUGUAACUUUCAUUUGAAGUCUACAGUAAAGCUUAUGUUGGUUCUGA